AUGAUAUACUUGGCAGACAAAGAAGUACAGCGCCGAAAGAGACUUGCCAAGGAGGAGGAGCGUGAUAACGUUGUCCUACUGGACCAACAACUGGAGAACGUCCAUACAUUCGACUACCUAGGAAGCCGCAUGCAGUGUGACGGUGACCAGAAAGCGGAUGUUAAACACAGAAUGGACAUCGCACAAUCCCGCUUCAGCUCCAUGCACCACAUAUGGAGAGAUCACAGACUGCCUCAGAGAAUGAAACUCCGACUGUACAAAUCCUCUGUUUGUUCAACCUUCACACAUGGAUGUGAAGCAUGGGACUUAACGCAGGACGUCACGAGAAUGAUAAACGGCUUUAACAGCAGAUGCCUACAGGUUAUUACAAAGAAACACUUCCGAGACACAGCAACACACCCAGACUUCAACCUGGUGGCAGCCAUCCGCCGGAGACGACUCCGGUACCUGGGCCACGUUCUUCGCAUGGACCCGUCCAGACUGGUCAGGCGAACUCUGAAGGCCUAUGUGUGCGGAGGAGAAAACCCGCCUGAAGGUUCCCUCCUAAUGGACUGUGACUUACCUUUCGAACUGGCAGCUAGGCAAGCCAGAAAUAGGCAAAUGUGGAACGCCAAAGUUAACAAGAUAAACUGA